CUAGGCAUGCAAACUGCUUCUACAAACAUUUGUGAAAGAAUGGGUCGCUCUCAGAUGCUCAGUGAAUUCAAGGGUAGUACCGUGAUAGGUUGCCACCUGUGCAAUAGGUCCAUCCGUGAAAUUUACUUGUUACUAAAUAUUCCACAGUCAUACUGUAUGUGGUAUUACAACAAAGUGGAAGAAACUCAGCCACGAAGUGGUAGGCCACCACUGAACUCUAGAGCAGUGGAGACGUGUUCUAUGCAGUGACAAAUUACCCUUCUCUGUCUGGCAAUCCGAUGGAUGUGUCUAGGUUUGGUGGUUGCCAGGAGAAUGGUACUUGCCUGACUGCAUUGUGCCAAGCAUA